AUGUCGACUGGCAGUGACGAUGAAGUAGUGCGGGCCCAAAUACAAGAAAUCAUCCAAGCCUCAUCCAAGCACGACAUCCAGGCGCUAGAGAGAUGCAUCAACGCCCAUUCCUUUAUGGAGUGUAAAGCCGUCGACGUGCAGGACCCUACUACUGGAUUUACACCCCUUCAUGCUGCUAUCGCCUCAUGUCAGACUCUGCCGAACGGAGACGGACAUGAGCCCUCGAACCAGGAAGAAGAACAAGGCGCCAAUACUCUCAGAUUUCUAUUGGAGAACGGAGCGAUAUGGAAUCAGCUAGACAAUAAUGAUGAAACCCCUGGCUGUCUUGCCCAUCGAUUGGGACUGAGCCAUCUAUACCACAUCAUGGUCGAUGCGGGAGUUCGUGCCGAAAUGCUGCUGAGCCGGCUGGAAGAGUACGAGGAAUUGAACGACAAUGAAGAUGCCGAGGAAGACAGCGUCGAGGACGCGCAACCUGCCGGUACUGAACUUGAGCAGACGCCUGAUGCAGAAACCACAGAUUUGCAACAGGAGGUCAACAGCUCGGUGUACCUCUCGUCUACUCUGUCGCUCGGCAAGGACAAACUACUGGACGAACGGCAUAACGGAGUAAUGAUGGCAUGGGAAAGCGACAUCAUGUCCCAGUCUGCGGAUGCAAUUUUGUUCCAACCAAAUCUACAAAUAUUGAACAUUGGCUUCGGUAUGGGCAUCGUCGACUCACAUAUCCAGAAUCACACCAACAAACCGGCCAAUCACCAUAUUUUGGAGGCUCACCCAGACAUUCUGGCCGAAAUGAGCCAUAAGGGGUGGAUGGACAAGUCCAACGUCAUUGUCCAUAAUGGAAAGUGGCAGGAUGUUCUUCCUCGACUUGUCUCGGAAGGAGUAGUCUUCGACGCCAUUUAUUUCGACACAUUUGCCGAGUCUUAUUCGCAAUUCCGAGAAUUUUUCUCCGAGCAAGUAAUAGGACUGUUGAAUCCGGACGGCCGAUGGUCUUUUUUCAACGGAAUGGGCGCGGACAGACAAAUCAGCUACGACGUCUAUCAAAAAGUGCUGGAAUUGGACUUGUUCGAAUCUGGUUUUGAUGUGGAGUGGAAAGACGUCGACCUUCCCAAACUAGAUGGGGAAUGGGAAGGGGUCCGACGAAAAUAUUGGAAUGUCGACCGGUAUCGACUUCCCAUCUGUAAGUUUAUGGAUUGA